ACUCUUCAGCUUCGUGACUGCGUCGUCGUACUGUCUCGGGCCUUCUGGAAAGCCGUCCAUUCUUUUUCCUCACCACACUUCAUGACUGGUUCUUGAGGUUAUCGUCGCCCACAUUCCUUUAACCCAGUCACUCUUUUGCCGGCCUAUAAUACCCCAUCCACUCAUUUAUCUUUACUUGAAUUCAAUAUAACGGACCCUCACGAACCCUCCCAGUUGCCCCAUCUCAGUACUAAGCAACAUUAUUCAGCGUCUUAGAAGUAGUAUCACGACAGCAUCAUUCACCAUGGCCCUAGGCACCUUUCGCGGAAGAUCGCGCACCUUGCGCCAAACAGAGACUGUGACAUCGACCCCUCAAAAGGAUUCAGGCACGCGGCCACGCAAGAGCUCCGGACGGCGCGAUCCCAGCGCAAAACGGCCUCAGGACCCUACACCCCCGAAGACCCCCGAAGGACGCCAGCAAAGGCGUGUGCACGAUGCCGCGGGCUUCGAUUUCCAGAUCGCACCACCGCCCACCGAAGCCGUGACUUCGCCCACGAGCACGAUUACGUCGCCGACGGAUGGCUUGAUUGGCGUCGCAUUGGGUAGUCCCCGCAUGGUCGAGGUUCCCAUCGCAAUGGCGCAAGAGAGACAGCCCGAGAAACCUGCAGAGGCCCUGGUGCGACCAUCGCUGCAGCGCAAACCGAGCAAGUGGAAGAAACUUGGAGGAUUGUUCAAAGCGAAGAGUGCAAUGAGUGUACCUCUUGCGAAUGAACCUUUCUACCAAGUCCAGCCCACCACGGAUUGGCCGAUGCCCGCUUCUGCGGUCUCCAUUGGCCAGCGUCAACCGAUGCUUGAGGAUGCACCGAAGAUGGACGAAAGGCUGAAACCAGAAGAAGAGCCUAAGCCCAUGGAGAGAACCAGGAUUGAGAAUGACCCCACACACGACGAUCAACCUAGUCCUAUCGAAGCUUGGCCAUCCUUGGAAUUGAAACCGGCUCCGCAAUCUACAGCCCUGGAUCGCGAUCAGUCGGAAACAACUGCCGCGAAGGGACAGUCCCAGGGCCCUUCUUCGAACUUCACGCCUCUGCUUCAGAUAGAGAUCCCUGAUAUCCAGCUAGAGCGAUACAGUGUUAUGUUCGGAGGAGUUCUACGGAAGAAUAGGCCGCCAUCGUUGAACAGACGGAGCAAGACGCUGAACGAUGCAGACGCAGAAGAGACGAAGCAGCCAGCACCUCCUUCGCCAGAAGUGGUCCCCCCUCGACGAAGGGCGACCUCAUCAACGCUGUCACGCUCUAAUUCUCCAAGCUUCACUCUCUUCCCCGCCACGCAGGUCAGCAAGGCCUCGAAGGUCCUCGGGUCGCAGAAUAUUCCGCGUGGGCCGAGCCCAUUGCACAAGACCCAGACGUCAGUAACCGAGUCUCACCACGAGGACGAAUCGAAAGAUGAAAGCCAUCUCGUCCUCAUGGUGCACAGUCCUCCCUCGCACAAGCCCCAAAACUCCGUAUCCUCGUCUCUUUCAUCGACAUCCAUCGGCUCCGAGGACGAAAGAGUUCUCCUGCAAAAACUCAACCCGGCCCGAGGCUACGUCGACGAGCGCGAACCCGAAUGGGAGAUCAUCAACAAGAAAUCCCCGACUAGCAGCGAGCCUGCUCCGCCGCCACCUCUACCAACUUCCCCUCCCACCCCUCCAGCGAUCCCUCGACAGAAGGCCCACGGAACCCUGACAAUCAACACGCAAGUGCCACCUGUCAGAGUAGGUGCGGGAAGCGGGACGUCCUCGCCCCUUUCCUUCGUCCCAUCCAUCAAAUCCCCCACUACUCCUCGCAGCCGAACCAACAACAACAACAUGCCAGCCCGCUCCCCGACCGUCAGCCAGACCAGCACAGCCAGCAUCGCUUCCCCAGCAGCGGCAGCAGCAGCAGCAGCAACAGCCCGGCGCUUCCCACUCGGCGACGAGCGCAAGAACGCCAGCACAUCCGACCUUAACAAGCCGCCACCCACGGUCGAGAUCUCCAUCGCGCGCUCCGUCUCCGUUUCCAGAGGCAAGAAGCAGGUGAUCGUCCCCAUCCGACCUAGACUGGGCCGCGCCAACACCACGGCUACAGACCGGGUCGUAGAAACCAGGAUCACGCGCCCGCCUCCUCGCCUUCGCGACGGCGGCGACCUGAGCCCUGGGCCUGGAAGUACGCGAACCGUGCGAGUCGGGAACUUCAUUUGAGGCGGUAUCAACCUCUUUUCCUGUUAAGCUCGAUCUUAGAGUCCCCCGGUACCAGUCCC